AUGGCGCCGCGAACCCUAGACGCAUCAAACGCUGCUAAGCCUGCAAAUCCCGCGGCAAGGCCUCCUGCAGGAGAGGGCUUGACGAGGUCGAAGCCCUGCCUCGAGAACUAUCCCUCCUGUGCUCUCUCCCUCCAUCUUUCUCUCUCCGCCUCUCUCCUUCCCCAUCUCCUCCCCCAUCCUCUUCCCUCUCCUGCAACUGUCUCAUUAACAACAACUCAGCAGCGCCUGCCUGCCUGCCUCCUCCUUUCCACUCGCUUCUCCCUCUCUCACCUCCCUCCCCCUUUCCCAUCCCCCUCUCCACCUCCACCCCCUCCACCCCCUCAUCUCCCUCCUCCUCCCAACCCAUCUCCUCCUCUCCCCCUCUCGACCUCCUCCCCACUCGCAGCUGCCGCAGCCGCCGCUGCCGGCGCCGCCUCUGCUGCUCUUUCUCAUCAUCCGCUCGAUACUGCCGGUACAUCCACAGACAAGCUCCUCCUGCCACGUGGGGUGGCUCUGGCAACAGGGGGGGCAGCGCCAGCGCGGGGAGAAGGAGGGGGAUGGGGAAAAACGACGGGCUUCAUAGGGGGAGAUUGGGGAGGAAGCUGCGAGGAGGAAGGGUCCUUUGGAGUGCCGGGGGUUCUUCCAGGUGUGCCCGGUGCAUUGGACACGCUUGGUGUUCUCUUCACCUUGCGGCUGCCGCCGCCGCCGCUGCUGCUGCUGUUGCUGCGGCUGUUGCUGCUUGUUAUGGCAGUGGCAGUGCGAGUGGCAGUGGUGGUGGCGGGGGUGGUGGUGGCGGGAAUGGUGGAAGAGGCGUCGUUGGUGGAAGAGGAAGAGGAUGAGGAGGACGAUGAUGAUGAUGAGGAGGAGGAGGAGGAGGAGGAGGAGGAGGAGGAGGAGGAGGAGGAGGAGGAGGAGGAGGAGGAGGAGGAGGAGGAGGAGGAGGAGGAGGAGGGGGAGGAGGAGGAGGAGGAGGAGGAGGAGGAGGAGGAGGAGGAGGAGGAGGAGGAGGAGGAGGAGGAGGAGGAGGUGGAAGAGGAGGAGGAGGAGGAGGUGGAAGAGGAGGAGGAGGAGGAGGAGGAGGAGGAGGAGGAGGAGGAGGAGGAGGAGGAGGAGGAGGAGGAGGAGGAGGAGGAGGAGGAGGAGAAGGGGGUGGAGGAGGAGGAGGAGGAGGAGGAGGAGGAGGAGGAGGAGGAGGAGGAGGAGGAGGAGGAGGAGGAGGAGGAGGAGGAGGUGGAAGAGGAGGAGGUGGAGGUGGAGGAGGAGGAGGAGGAGGUGGUGGAGGAGGAGGGGGAUGGGACAUAA